GCUCUUAGGGAGAAGCAGAGUUGGGGCAGCGGGACGAUGGGGGCUGGAGUAGCCUAGGUCCUGGGUUCAAGUCCCUGAAGUUCAGAGGAAGGUAUGGCCUGGCUGAUUGUCCUCAGCAGCUCAGAACAAGAUAAUUUACUGAUUCAACAAGUUGAAGAGGUGAGGAUAACAUCAGUAGUUGGGCGCCUACUGUUUACCAGGUUUAUUCAGUCCUUAAAACUGUGAGGGGGGGUAGCAGCAUCUCCAUUUUACAGAUAAAGUAACUGAGGCUCCAGGGGAAGGUGACUUGCCCAAGCUCACCCACUGCCUGGAAUCUGGAUUUAAUGAAGACCCAAAUUUUGAGGCUGGCCCUGCUACUUAUUGGAUCAGUGCUCUGGCUCUGGGCCCUUGUCUCCAGGAGCCGACAUUCUACUGGCCAUCAAUUCCUGGUUGAGGACUUCCUGUUUUACACGGAGGUCUAACUAACGUAGAACAGACCGCACAAGCACCAGGGCUGAGGUCGGGUGCAUACAGCCACCCAGGUAACUGCCACUGGGAUACAAAUACCGCACGUUUCCAUUGCUCCAAAGGUGUCUUCACCUUCCCAGUCGAUAAUCACCCCUGCUCCCAGGUAACCAUCUGGCUUCUACCAACACAGAAACCUCGACCUUGAAGAUGGUGAGUAGCCAGCCAAAGUACGAUCUAAUACGGGAGGUAGGCCGAGGUAGUUACGGUGUUGUGUAUGAAGCAGUCAUCAGAAAGACCUCUGCACGGGUGGCAGUGAAGAAAAUCCGAUGCCACGCACCUGAAAAUGUUGAACUAGCACUUCGUGAAUUCUGGGCACUAAGCAGUAUCAAGAGCCAACAUCCAAAUGUGAUUCACCUGGAAGAAUGCAUCCUACAGAAAGAUGGGAUGGUGCAAAAGAUGUCCCAUGGCUCUAAUUCUUCCCUUUAUUUACAGCUUGUAGAGACUUCCUUAAAAGGAGAAAUUGCCUUUGAUCCCAGAAGCGCCUAUUAUUUGUGGUUUGUGAUGGAUUUUUGUGACGGAGGAGAUAUGAAUGAGUAUCUGUUGUCCAGAAAACCCAAUCGGAAAACUAACACCAGCUUCAUGCUUCAACUGAGCAGUGCCCUGGCUUUCUUGCAUAAAAACCAGAUCAUCCACCGAGAUCUGAAGCCGGACAACAUCCUGAUUUCUCAAAGCAGGUUGGAUACUAGUGACUUAGAACCCACAUUGAAAGUGGCUGAUUUUGGCCUAAGUAAAGUUUGUUCGGCCUCUGGGCAAAACCCAGAAGAACCUGUCAGCGUAAACAAGUGUUUCCUUUCCACGGCAUGUGGAACGGAUUUCUACAUGGCUCCUGAAGUAUGGGAAGGACACUACACAGCGAAAGCUGACAUCUUUGCUCUGGGGAUUAUUAUCUGGGCGAUGCUGGAAAGGAUCACAUUCAUAGACACAGAGACAAAGAAGGAACUCUUGGGGAGUUAUGUAAAACAAGGAACUGAAAUUGUGCCGGUUGGGGAGGCACUUUUGGAAAAUCCCAAAAUGGAACUUCUAAUUCCUGUGAAGAAAAAGUCUAUGAAUGGGCGAAUGAAACAACUGAUUAAGGAAAUGCUGGCCGCAAACCCUCAGGAUCGUCCAGAUGCUUUUGAACUAGAACUCAGAUUAGUACAAAUUGCAUUUAAAGAUAGCAGCUGGGAAACGUGAUAUAUUAUUUACAGAUAUCUUGGAUGAUAUGCUGCUUCUGAUUUAACAGUGAUGCAACAUUAUGUGGCUGAAAAAGAAUACAAAAAGCUAAACUCCACCUUCUAAGGGUUUAGAUUUUAUUGUGGGAUUUUUUUUCCUCAUUUUUCUUAAUCCAAGCUGGCCAUUUUGUUAGUAAGUUUUAAAUGUAUAUUACCAAUGUGGGUGUA